AUGCUGCGGUGUGACCUGGAGGAUGUCGAAGCUGUGGGACUUGGAGACCUCGCCAAGCAACAACCGUGCAAGGAACACAUCUCAGACAUGCUUCCGUUGUUCAUUGCUGUUCGCUGGCACUUGCGCAUUGGCUUGGCCAUUGCCCGGCGCUUGGGACAGGAAGGCGCAAACUUGGUGGUGAGCAGCAGGCGGGAGAAGAAUGUGGAAGACGCCGUCACACAACUGCAGAACGAGGGCAUGAAUGUCACCGGCACGGUGUGCAACGUGUCACGGGAGAACGAUCGCAAGUCCCUCAUCGAGCACGCACAAAGUGCAUACGGUGGCAUCGACGUGCUUGUCAGCAACGCUGCCAUUAGCCUCCACUACGGCAACUUCCUUGAUGUAAGGAUGUGCAGAGUGUCUGGUGUUGUGUGCAUCGCUUGUUGUUGGGCUUGUUGCUGA